CCUUCUCCAGUCGCCAUGCCUCAGAGGCCUAGAUUAUUAGCCCGUUUGACCGUGACAAAGGGCAAUUCUCCGAAUCAUUUCCAGUCCUCCGACACUCAAUACCCACUCCUUGGGCGUAUGAGAUUCCAAUGGCGCCUUUCAAGGAGUGUCAGAAUAUUUCGAUUGUCUGAAGAGUUUUGGAGAACAAAUGGGAUAUAUAUGUCAAGGCUUGUCAUGGCUAGCUUUGGCAUCAGCAGAUAAUACGGUAUCAAGCGAAGAUGAUAAAGGAAAGCGAAAGAUCGUGGAUACCAAAUACUUCCCGGAAGGCCAUGAGUUAUUGUCUUGCAAUGACGAGACUGAGCAGUUCGAACUGAAGCAUUCUCCAAGGCCGGUGGAAGAUUCCCAACCUGCGACCGGCCAUGUCAAUGUCGUUGUGACAAGCGAGCCCUCAGAGUUGCAGAUUCAAUGGGCCGAGCAAUGCCAGACCUCUGUCACUGAGCGUCGUGAUCAGCCCCAGACGACUGAAGCCAGCAGAUCGAAAGAGAAUGUGGGGCGUCAUACACUCGAGGGCAUAACCAGAGUCGUCAUAGAGCCACAGAGCUUUUGGUCUUUGGUUCCCAAAACUGCUUGGGCAAACCCCAACGUCGGAUUCACCAACAAGGAACGAACUGUCUUGGAGGCUUUUCUACUGAGACUCAAAUCCCAUAAUACUGCAUUCUAUGCCAGGUAUGGACGCCAGUUCCCCGUCAUCAAUCUGUCUCUGGUUUCCAUAGAGUACAGUCGGUGGCAACAGCUUAGCAUGCUCGCGCAGUCAAGAUCCGUCCCCAACACACACAUCUGCAUUUCUGGCUUCGAGAAAUCUGAAGAUAUCCGAGCAUUCGACCGUCUCAUGUCCAAGACAGGCUACAAACAUCUCUACAGCCCCUUGAAGCUUUGCUAUGAGAAAAGGAGAAUCAUCCGUUCAGCUAUGUCCAGUCUGCCUGACAUCAGUCCCUCUUUCACGAGAACUCUGUGCGGCGGCUUGGCCACUUUUGAAGAUCCGAAUGGAUCCCUGAGAACAUCGACCAUAGGCGGUCUGAUUGAGGUCAACGGUCAGACGUUUGCUUUAACAACAAGUCAUCAUCCAGAAGACGAGAUGAUCGUGGAGAACCAAAAGGAUACUCCAUGUCUGGCAGACCUCAUUACGGCGUUCGCGGAUGGGGAACCCGAAGACGGCGACUUCCUACAGCCUGGAACGCCCGAGUCUCUGACAAUGCGCCCUGAACAUCAGGAGGAAGGCGAAAAUCUCGAGUCCACCGCUAUUGGACCUGGUUCAAGCUGUGGGUCUUUGCUAAACCAGGACUCGGAUGAACCCUGGAAUGAUUGGAACCUCGUCUCCGUUGAGCCAGUAUGUCGCCUACCAAAUAUUGUCUUUGACUCCAAUAAAGAGGUGCAAAUCACGGCUUUUGGUAGCUUGGAUGCAGCAAGAUUUCUUGAUGAGAACCCUUGGCACGUAUCAAUCAUCUCAGGUAUGAGUGGCGUGGUGCACUGCGUGCUGUCCUCGAAUCCCUCAUACAUGCUUCCUGGUACGGGAAACUCGUUUGAGUCAUGGUCUAUCAGACUCAGUAAAGGUGAUCUCCGAGCAGGCGAUUCCGGCUCUUGGGUAAUCCGAGAGAGCGACUGCAGCCUUUUGGGCAUGGUGAUAGCACGCUCUGCUGGCUCAGCUUAUAUGAUUUCUUGGGGGGAUAUUCAAAGUAGCAUUGGAAAAAGAAGAGGUUUGGCGACAGAUGCGAUUGGAUUACCAAUAUUCCCAAGCAAUGGAGAAGUCUCCCACGCCCAUAAUCAUGAACAGUCAAUUCAAGACAUCACUACAGAUCUUCCGGAGCAACGUUACCACAGUCUUCAAAAAAUUUAUCUGAAAAAUCGCGGCAUCAGAAGGCUUUGGGAACGACGUAUCGACAAUCUUCUCUCCGGACAAGGCUCAGACAUAUCACCGUAUAUCGAGAUGGAUCUGAUCAACUCUAUGAGGACCCGAUCUGAAAAACACCCCGCCGCAAAGCUCCAAAUCAGGGAGUUCAAGCCGAAACUGCUUGUAAACAACGCGGAUAUCCGAUGUUCAUUCGGUCCUGUCGGUCAUUCUGUAGUUUCUUCCAUUAUGUACAUUUUUAGCGUUGCAGGAGCUCUCUGGCGUUCCCCUCGUCUUUUACUAUGUGCAAGCCUUUUGCUUCAUUUUGGUUCAGUCAUUGGUGGUACUGCUUUAUCUGGUCAAUAUCUCCCAGAUUUUUGGGUUAUAUUGUUCUGCAUUUCGGGCCUCUUUUCUUCAUUCUGUAUUUGUCGAUUGGGUUUUGCCCCUAUAAAUCCUUACCACAACCUUAGUAGGGACACUGUUACACGAUCUAAGCCCGGCUUCUCUCAAUUGGCCAUGCAACUAUUGAGCGUGCUUGUGGCUUUUGAUUAUUUAUUCAUGGGUCACAUGAUGGCCGUUUACAGCGUAUAUGAAGAUAUAGAGACUCGAUGGGGCCUGAGGUCAUGGUGGAAAAAUGGCCCAGAGGGAAUUAACGAAGUAGUGAAGUACAUAGCGGAGGACUACUUUGGAUUCAAACGCACAAGGGCCUAAUGUUUUCUUUGUUUCUUUGUUUCUUUGUAACACAUCUAUACA